AUGAGUCUGCCGAGAAACAUCCAAUCACCUAGCCCCUCGGAGGAGCGAAGAAAAUCCAUUGCUAAGUUGACCAGGUCCCCACUCUCUUCCUCCCCUUUGAUCUCGAACUCCCCCAGCAGGUACGGAUCAAGAACCAACUCGUUUUCCUCUACGUCCAAUGGACGCUUCUUAAAGACUAAACCGUCCGGCGUUUCUGCGAAUCAAGACGUCUUCAGCAAAUCUGACGAAGACGAAGACUCAAACGAUUCCAACUCAGACUUGGUCUCAACCCUUCAAGACCCAGCUGUGAUCCAGAAUGCAGCAAGAUACCUUUCGCCCAAGCCAGACCCAAUCAAAUCUGAAGGUGGUGACAUAACAAGAGACAUCUACAAGUCCAUUGAACACAACUCUGGGAACAAUUCUGCAUACAACGUGUCCAAUAAUGACCAUAUUCAGGCCUCCUCCCCCAGACCGGCCUCGAUCAGAAGAGCCAGGAGCUACUCUUCCAUGGAAGAGCUUCAGAGCCAUAGUAGAAGGGGUUCAACAGCGUCUUCCUUGAACGUUCCAGGUGGAUUUAGGAGAGAUUUCCUUAUACAUCACGGAAACAAGUUCCAAACUAAGGAAACGAACUUCUUGACCAGAAAUUUCGUGGAGUUCUUAAGUAUCUACGGGCAUUUCGCUGGAGAGGACUUGGAAGAUGAAGACGAUCUUAUUGCAUGCCAUUAUAAGCCGUUUGUGGCUAAGACAGAUGAAGAAUCUUCGUUAUUGCUUUCUUCUUCGAGAGACAGAGACAUCAACCCUAACGGGACAGCAACUGAGAAGAAGGCUUACUUCCUUUUACUAAAGGCCUUUGUCGGGACCGGUGUUUUGUUUCUCCCCAAGGCCUUUGCUAAUGGUGGUCUAUUAUUUUCAGCAUUGACUCUUUUCUUCUUCGGGAUCUUAUCGUAUUGGUGCUACUUGAUCCUUGUUUACUCUAAGCUGGCAACCAAAGUGUCUAGUUUUGCAGAAAUUGGAUUAAAACUUUAUGGGAAAUGGUUCCAGCAGUUGAUCUUGUCGUCAAUUGUUCUUUCGCAGAUUGGAUUCGUAGGAGCUUACAUUGUCUUCACUUCAGAAAACUUAAGAGCAUUCUACUCCUCGGUAUUGGGAUACGAUCCUGCUAGUUUGAAUAUUUUGUGGUUCAUCCUCGUUCAGUUGAUUAUCUUUUUGCCAUUAUCAUUGAUCAGAGACAUCACGAAGCUUUCACUUCUGGCCCUCUUGGCCAAUGUAUUUAUCUUGGUGGGACUUGUUACUAUCAUAUAUUUCACAUCUUACGAACUUUUGGUGAAUAACCAUGGACACCCAUCGAGUUCUAUUGAAUACUUCUUCAACGAGAGCGAAUUCCUGAUGUUUAUUGGGGUGGCCAUUUUCGCAUUUGAAGGCAUUGGGUUGAUCAUUCCUAUCGAAGAGUCAAUGAUUAGACCUAAAAACUUCCCCAAAGUAUUAUUCCAAGUCAUUUUAACCAUUUCUUUCAUUUUUAUUGGAAUUGGAACUUUAGGCUACCUUACAUUUGGUAACGACGUGGAAACUGUGAUUAUCCUUAAUUUACCUCAAGAUUCACCAAUGAUUAUGGUCAUUCAAGUUCUUUACGCCUUUGCCAUUUUGUUGUCCACUCCUUUGCAGUUAUUCCCAGCUAUUAGAUUGAUUGAACUGAAACUUUUCGUCAAGACUGGUAAGACUAACAUAUUGGUGAAAUGGGAGAAGAACUUCUUUAGAUUUGGAUUCGUUUGCUUCACCGCCAUUGUUGCAAUUUUCGGAGGUAAAAACUUGGACAGGUUUGUAUCGUUUGUGGGUUGCUUUGCCUGUAUCCCCUUAGUGUACAUGUAUCCUCCAGUCUUGCACUUGAAAAGUUGUUGCAACUACAACCAGUGGGGACUUCUGGAAGCCGAAAAAACAAAGAGAUACUGGUUAGGUGUAUUGGACUACUUUUUGGUUGUAGUCGGAGGUGUUGCAAUGGUUUACACCACGUACCAAAUCUUGGCUGGCUAA